CCUGCGCGGCGCCGGCGACGGACGUGGGGGAGGUGCAGGAGGAGGAAGCGGCGGCGACGCGGAGAGUCCCCGCGUCCACACGGCAGCCGGUCGCCCACCGGGCCCGCACCCGCAGCCGCAGCCGCAGCCGCAGCCCGCGUCUACGCGCCCUCGGUGGCCCGCAGCCUGCCGCGCCCCGCGGACUCGGCCGCAGCCCCCAGCGUCCCGGUCGCCUGAGUCACCGCCAUGGCCGAGAGCGCGGAGAGCGGCGGCCCCCCGGGCGCGCAGGACGGUGCGGCCGACGGCGGCCCCGCCGAGCCCAAGAUCAUGAAGGUCACGGUGAAGACGCCGAAAGAGAAGGAGGAGUUCGCUGUGCCCGAGAACAGCUCGGUCCAGCAGUUCAAAGAAGAAAUCUCUAAACGUUUCAAAUCUCAUACUGACCAACUUGUGUUGAUAUUUGCUGGAAAAAUUUUAAAAGAUCAAGAUACUUUGAGUCAGCAUGGAAUUCACGAUGGACUUACUGUUCACCUUGUCAUCAAAACACAGAACAGGCCGCAAGAUCAUUCAGCUCAGCAAACAAAUACCACUGGAAGCGAUGCUACCAAUUCAUCAUCUCCUAAUAGUAACCCCACAUCUGCUCCUGCUGCUAACAGCCCUUUUGGCUUAGGUGGACUUGGAGGACUUGCAGGUCUCAGUAGCUUGGGUUUAAAUACUACCAACUUCUCUGAACUACAGAGCCAAAUGCAACGGCAGCUUUUGUCCAACCCUGAAAUGAUGGUCCAGAUCAUGGAAAAUCCCUUCGUCCAGAGCAUGCUCUCAAACCCUGACCUGAUGCGGCAGUUGAUUAUGGCCAAUCCACAGAUGCAACAGUUGAUACAGAGAAAUCCAGAGAUUAGCCAUAUGCUUAAUAAUCCAGAUAUAAUGAGACAGACAUUGGAACUUGCCAGAAAUCCAGCAAUGAUGCAGGAAAUGAUGAGGAACCAGGACCGAGCCUUGAGCAACCUAGAAAGCAUUCCUGGGGGCUACAAUGCUUUACGACGCAUGUAUACAGAUAUUCAGGAGCCUAUGCUGAGUGCCGCACAAGAGCAGUUUGGUGGUAAUCCAUUUGCUUCCUUAGUGAGCAGUACUUCCUCUGGUGAAGGAAGUCAGCCUUCUCGAACAGAAAAUAGGGAUCCACUACCCAAUCCAUGGGCUCCACAGACUUCCCAGAGUUCACCAGCUACUGGCAGCACUACCAGCACUGUGAGUGGCUCUGCUGGGGGUGCCACCAGUACCCCCACUGGGCAGAGUGCCUCAGGGCCAGGCUUGGUACCUGGAGCAGGAGCUAGUAUGUUCAACACACCAGGAAUGCAAAGCUUGUUGCAACAAAUAACUGAAAACCCUCAGCUUAUGCAGAACAUGCUGGCUGCCCCAUACAUGAGAAGCAUGAUGCAGUCACUAAGCCAGAACCCUGACCUUGCUGCACAGAUGAUGCUGAAUAAUCCCCUAUUUGCUGGAAAUCCUCAGCUUCAAGAACAAAUGAGACAACAGCUCCCAACUUUCCUCCAACAAAUGCAGAAUCCUGACACACUGUCAGCGAUGUCGAACCCUAGAGCCAUGCAGGCGCUGUUGCAGAUUCAGCAGGGCUUGCAGACACUGGCAACAGAAGCCCCCGGCCUCAUCCCAGGGUUUAAUCCUGGCUUGGGGGCAGCAGGCAAUUCUGGAGGCACUUCAGGAAACAGCGCACCUAGCACUGCACCUAGUGAAAACACGAGCCCCACAGGGGGUGCUACUGAGCCAGGCCACCAGCAGUUUAUCCAGCAAAUGCUACAAGCUCUUGCUGGGGUGAAUCCUCAGCUUCAGAGUCCAGAAGUCAGAUUCCAGCAGCAACUGGAACAGCUCAGUGCCAUGGGGUUUUUGAACCGAGAAGCAAACUUGCAAGCACUGAUAGCAACAGGGGGCGAUAUCAACGCAGCAAUUGAAAGGUUACUGGGCUCUCAGCCAUCAUAGCAGCAUUUCUGUAUCCUGAAAAAAUGUAAUUUAUUUUUGAUAACGGCUCUUAAAUCUUUAAAAUAACCUGCUUUAUUUCAUUGGAAUUCUGUGCUGUUAUAAACGAAACCAAUAGGAAGCAUCUGAGGUGGAGUGCAGUAAGAUGUGCGGGUUUUCUGUAUCUUUGGAACAGUGGGAAUCAAUGUUUUCAGUUAAGGCUGCUGCAUGCAUCAAACAGUUGGCAUUUAUUGUAAUUUUUUUAAAAUAUCACCUUUUCUAAUUGGGUGAACAAAUUUUUGUCCUGCAUCUGUCCAACUAACUUGCUUUUUAAACAUAACCCUAUGGUAGUAAUUUAUGUAGAAUAAAGGCAUUAAAAAGCAGAUCAUUUGCGCUCCAUGAUUUGUGGGACAGUAUUGCUUAUUGUGACUUUGGCAUGUAUUUUUGCAAAUAAUGCUGUAAGAUUUAUACUACUGACAAUUUUGCUUAUUUGUAUACAGUACAAAUUAUUGCGCGUUUCUAGAUCAUCUAAGCAAAAUUCCUGUAACCAAAAAAAGUAAAAUAAGGAUUCUUAAUUGUGUAGAAUCUUACAGCAUCUUUGAUAAACAUCUCUCAGCAGAAGUGCCAUUUAGUCAGGUUUGUUGAAAAUAAAGAAAAACUGAUUCUGGUUAUCUCUUUAGGGACAUUUAAUUGUACAGAAAAUAUAAUGUAAUAAUAUCUCAACAUUUACAUAAUGGCUGUAAAGUACCUUUAUUUUGUUCAGAUUGAAGAAGCACUGUAACACACCAAUGCAUAUGCCCGGGGUUGCUGCUCCCCAUAGUCUCUAAGCAGCAUUGAGUUUGGUUGAAUGUGCUUUCACUGAAAGUGCUGAUGUUUCCAUUUUAAUUGCCAUAUAAAAGUAGAACUAUCUUUUGGGUUUAUCAGCUUUCUCAUUCAUAGGCAAUACCUGGAUUUAAAAUGAUUAGUGAGCCACUCGUUUCUGAAGUGUUUGCCUAGUUCUAUUAAGAAAUAGUUGAAUGUUGUGCUGUUCAGAGCCUCAGAGAGGGGGGUGGGGGAUGGGUAAGACAGAAUCUAUUCUGGAUUGGGCCAGCCUGAACUAAGUGAUACUGGCAACUAAGAUUCUGUGGAGACUCUAUGCGUAUAGUAGUGUCAGUCUGGUGAAAACAAAGAGCCGUUUUAACAGUUUUGAGUACAUUUGGCUAUCUUAUAGCCUCUUUCUUCCUUCCCCAAAGAAGUUCUGUUUGCCUAACUCUCACACUGUUGGGGUGAUACAUUCCUUUGGGACCAAUUAAAAUAUAACUUUAGGGUCAGUGAUAUAUGCGGCUGACUCUGGUUCAGUAUUCUCUUAGGUCAUUGUAUUCUUUCUUGUACAGUUAUCCGAAAUUAUGAUGUUAAAAUAAUCUAAAACGAGUUCAGACAAAUAAAAUCAAGGGAACUAGAAGGUGAAUUCCAUAACUUCUGUAAGCUGCUUGCUAUUAAAAGGUUGAGAGGCCAGGUUGCCCCCAGACUGCACUGUUGUGACACUUUUCCCAGGAAGAAAGCAUGUACAAAGGUCAGGGUGGAGGCAUGGCUGGAGGAGCUUAGCAAGGAUAGUGUUGGUGUGUCCCUGCCCUCUGCCUUACGCCUCCGUCUGUCUGGGUUAAGGACUUUGUACUGGUGAAUGGUACCACAGGCGGGGCGGUGUCAUCACCAGUUUGAUUUAUUAAUCACAAAUAACAAUAAAUUUCCAGCUUUUA